CGCGGAGCAUCGAACGCCAAGCGUUAGCUUCCACACAUGCUUCGGGGGGUAGUGGAAGGGAUGUGGGUGUCACCGUUGCUUUUAAUGUGUCGGCGGGUCGGACAGAUAAUGGUGGAAGUGGUAUCUUACGAUUUGUCUCGAAGACUGUGAGGUACUUUGAUCUGCGUUCCCCUUCUUUGAUACAGAACAGCGAAAGAGCAAGUCUGGGCAAAUCGGCGAAUGAUUGCAGGGCUACGACUGCUCUGAAGCUCAGGAGUGGGUGCCUGUCAGACGAGCUAAAACACGUGCUCCACGUGUAAUCACUUGCAUCUCUGGAGUUCCGACUCGGAUAAACAACUGGACGACGUCGAUAACAUAUCGUUUCACACAUCUGGACUGUAACUUAAUUAUCCGUAGCCGGCCAUACUGUCUCUUCUAAUGUUACGACCCCAUUGGUAGCCAUGCAACCUUACCAGGCACAGCAAUCGGUGGAAACCGACACACACUCACACCGCGGCCCUCUGAGCAGAACAUGGCCUCAACUGUUCAAAAAGAGGAGAAGAUACAGCCCAGUACGAGAAAGCGCACAAGCCCAAGCCCAGCCGGUACCCCAAAUACACCAGAUCCAAGCACCACCACAGUACAACCAGGUCCAACCUCAACAGCAGCAGCAACAGCAGCCUCAAUUUCAAGCCGGAGUCCCGAUCCGGCCAGUCAAGCAGCCGUUCACUUCAGCCGCGAGCAUCAGGAGCCCGAGCAUUGCAGCAGACACAGCGAGCACAUUGUCGACAGUUAGUGAGAUAUCAAGCCUGCCCCCACAACAAGCAAAGAGAGUACCAAUAGCUCGGCGCACUUCCUCGAUAGCUACAACAGACAGCAAUGCAGCUGGCGGCGUGACAACUCCACAGGCAGACCUGUUGGCUUCCAAGUCAAAUUACGAGCUCAUUUCGUCUGGCCAGCAUCUGGAAAUGGGUCUGCACUUCAGCACCGCGAUGGCUACGGGUGUGAUGAUGAAGCGCGCGACGCACCGGGCAGCCGAGCAAGCGCGGCGCGACCGCAUGAAAACGGCCAUGGUGGACCUUGCUGAGUUCUUGCUGGAUGGCGAGGUGACGUUUGGUACGGGCACGACUUGUUUCGUGGUCAUGCGUGGUGAUCCGAAGGAAGUUGAUGGACAGAGUGUGUUCAGUGAGACGAGUGGGAUGAGUGGAUUGAGCGGCUUGAGUGAAGGGAGUGGGAAGGGGAAGCCUGGGGAGAGGAAGACAGUCAACAAAGCGCGGCUGAUUGAGAUGGCGCUGGAGAAGAUGAAAGCGCAAGAAGAGGAGAUAGAGUUGUUGAGGAAGGAAGUGGAGGAUCUAAAGUGCGGAGACAAAGGGGACGAGAUGGAUGAAUCCUGAGAGAAGGGAGGUGUAACAGAGUAUGAGGAGAACACGAAGAAGAUCUAGCGUGAAUGUUCAAGAUAUCCAUUCAUAUCAGGCGUUAAUGCAAUCGAGGGCGAGCCUACUGGAUACAUUUCAGCCUGGAAUAGAAAGAUCCACUCGGUCAUGCUUUCACAAGUACUGUGACUUGCUAAUGAUUUCCUCGGGCAGCUCAGCUAACAGC